CUCCAAGAAUCGGUUUUUUUGUGCGCGCGCAAUUCUGUUGUUACUAUUCUCUCUAGUUCAUUAAAAACCAACAUUAAAAUGUUAGUUUUCAUUGUAAAACGAUCUUUGAUGGAGUGAAGUUCGUAUUAGCUCGUGUGUUUAAAAAUGUGUUCGCGAGGGGCUCCAAAAAAACUCGUCUACGUUGUGGCGAGAAUGUUAUGAAAUUUCAAAUCUCAUAAGAACGAAGAACGAGGUCAUCAGACAGUAGACACGAAUUCAACUUUCGACGCAAUAAAUUGAUUACGCAGCCAGUUCCACAAUUUUCUCGUAAAUUUUUUACUCAAAUUUGGCCCCUGACCCCCGGAUAUCGCGAGGAUUGCAAAUUAUCUUCAACAUGUCAAGUGACUGUACUUCUCUAUGUGCGUCGGCUGAUUUUCGAUACGAUACCGGACUCAAAACUCAUAAAGUCACGUAUGUUUGGGCUAUAAAGAAUUUCAGUUUUUACGAAGCGAUUGGAGAUGAUUUGAAAUCACCCACAUUCUCUGCCGUCGGUGAUGAUGAAACCAUAUGGUUUUUGCGACUAUACCCGAACGGCAAGAACGAAGAAAAGGAUCAUAUUUCCUUUUUUCUGACCAUAAGCAACGAUGGCAUACGUAAAAAAGCAUUUGCGAAAUUAUCCAUAUAUUUUUUGAAACGAGAAAUGCAAGAAACGCCAAUCCAUAACUCGGAAUCGGAAAAAAUAGACCUGUAUGAUGCCUCAAUACCAAAAGGAGCUUGGGGCUGGGAUAAAUUUAUAAAAAAAGAUGCGCACUUCCGAAAUAACUUUUUGAUAGACGAUACUUUGACAAUUAAGUGUGUGGUUAUCUACGCUACGCCUGAUACUGUUGAUAGCACGCCUCAUGAUUGUAGUAAUACUCCACUCUAUUCCAAUGUUCCAGAAUGUAAUCUCACUGAUCAAUUUGGAUCGUUACUUGAGAAUCAUAAUCUCGCUGAUGUCGUUCUGUCAAUAAACGGUACCGAAUAUCCAGCUCACAAGACUAUUUUAUCAGCACGUAGCCCCGUUUUCGCUGCCAUGUUCAGGCAUAAGGCGAAAGAAAACGAAGAAAAUCGCGUGUAUAUUGAAGAUAUGGAUGAAAAAGUAGUCGGCGAAAUGCUACGAUACAUUUACACCGGAAAAUGUGAAAAAUUAUCUGAAUUUGCGACCGGUUUAUUAGCGGCGGCUGAUAAGUAUGAUUUGGUUCAUUUAAAAAUGAUUUGUGCCGAAGAAUUGUACAGGAAUUUAUCGGUGGAAAAUGCUGCGAGUGUUUUGGCGUUAGCAGAUAUGCACGGCGUUAAGGAGCUUAAAAAUGCAGUGAUCAAGUUCAUCGUUCGUAAACCUGAAGUUGUGAAUACAGAUGGUUGGAAGAGUAUUCGAUCAAAUUUCGAGUUGGCCGAUGAAGUGUGCUUAGCUAUAGCUCGACGAGCACGAAUUCAACUCGUUCAAAUUUGGCUUCUGACGACCUAUCGGAUAUCGUGGAUAAGGAUUACAAAUAUUCUCUUCAACAUGUCAAGCAACUGUAUUUCAUUAUGUGGGUCGUCGUCGGCUGAUAUUCGUUGGGAUACCGGAGUCAAAACUCACGAAGUCGUCUAUGUUUGGACUAUAAAGAAUUUCAGUUUUUACGAAGCGAUUGGAGAUGAGUUGAAAUCAUCUACAUUCUCUGCCGUCGAUGAUAAUGAGAUCAAAUGGUAUUUGAAACUCUAUCCUAACGGAGAAAGCGAAACAAAGGACACUAUUUAUCUUUAUCUGAAUCUAAGCGACGAUAUCAUACAUAAAGAAGCAUUUGCGAAAGUAUCCGUGUAUGUUUUGGAUACGCACCGACGGCAAGAAAUAUUCGUAUCAUCCCCUGUAGAUUCGAAUACGGUUGACAAAUAUGCCAUGAAACAAGGGAAAGCCAAAGCUUGGGGCUGGGGAGUUCUUGUUAAAGAUGAUGAUUUCCGAGAUGACUAUUUGAUAGACGAUACAUUAACGAUCAAGUGCGUGAUCGUCUAUUCUACUUGUGCGUCGAAUACCCUUAUUAGCACACCUCAUAACUGUAAUAAUAACGCUCGACUUUAUCCCAAUGUUCCUGAAUGUAAUCUAUCCGAUCAAUUUGGAUUGUUACUUGAGAAUCGUGACUUCGCCGAUGUCAUUCUCUCGAUAAAUGGUAUCGAAUACCCAGCUCACAAAUAUAUUUUAGCUGCACGUAGUCCUGUUUUCGCUGCUAUGUUCAAAUACAACGCGAGAGAAAAUGAAGAAAAUCGCGUAAAUAUUGAGGAUAUGGAUGAAAAGGUAGUCGGUGAAAUGCUACGAUAUAUUUACACCGGAAAAUGUGGAAAAUUAACUGAAUUUGCGACCGGUUUAUUAGAAGCGGCUGAUAAAUACGAUUUGGUUCAUUUGAAAAUGAUUUGCGCCGAAGAAUUGUACAAGACCGUAUCGGUAGAAAAUGCUGCGGAUAUUUUGGCAUUAGCAGAUAUGCAUGGCGUUGAAGAGCUUAAGAAAGGUGUGAUUAAGUUUAUUGUCUCUAAACCUAACGAAGUGUUGGAUACGGUAGGUUGGAAGAAUAUUCGUUCAAAUUUUGAGUUGGCCGAUGAAGUAAGCAGAGCUAUAGCCCGACAGUUGGCGUUGAAAAAAUAAAUAAUUUUGUAUGUACCUAUAAUUGUUUUUUUACUCAUUAUUCGUGUAUUGUUAGUACACCAUAGUCGUAAGCUGUAAUAAUAUUCAAUAAAAUUCUCAAUUUUUAC